AUGGCCGAGGUUUCGCUGGCGAGACAGCAGGCUUACUCGGCUUUGCACGAUGGCGGUUCAAGGCUCGAAGGCCAAUUUCCCGCAGAUUCGAUUGUCUCCCCACCGGCACCCAAUCCACCUUUCGUUUUUCCAGCCCGUGACGAUAGACUCAGCAUCGAAGACACGCGUCCAUUCUCUUACAAUGCUCUCCGACCGUCGGAGAAUAUCGCAUCACAGAUACCGAAUCGAAGCUCCAUGGGUGCUGUACCCGAUUUUGUAUUUCAUCCUUCGCCAUCUCAACCAGCAAGGCCCAGCACGAGCGAUACUCUUCAGGCUCCAAAUCUCGGCGUGCCUAUACCGUCGAGACCUGGUGGCCAUCGUCGCAGCGGUAGUGAAUUCAUUGGCGUCAAUGGACCUGGUGGUCUGUUAAGUGCAAGCCCUACCGGGGGAAUGAACUCAUUCUCACUUCCUGCUCCCCCUGCAAGGCCCACAGCCGGAAAGCGUGGUCAUGCUCACCGCCGAUCUGGUGCAAUCUCUUGUCAUGACCUCUCCUCGCUGGCCCUAAAGCCAACAGACUCGAAUAUUGAUAACCGAGCGGGAAGCGCUCCAACUACACCCUCAGGCCUUGAUGCCAACAAAUCUUUCGAAACAUGCCAACCCUUCUCUUUCCCGCAAGCUCAGCCGACCGUCCCCACCCCGGAUCGGCCAUCGAGCCCAACGGCCGGCCCUCAACAGCAGCGCGCACGCGUAGGCUUUUCGGAUACCCUAGAGUACAUCCCGCGGCCUCCUUCGACUGUGUCUUCAGAGGCCUCGAGUACCCUGUCUCCCAGGUUCAGUCAUUCUGUUUCUGGAAGCUGCUCUUCGCAAGUCCUUGGGAGCAUGGGCUCGCCUCGAUCGAAAGCAGGACGCUCUUCUCCUCAGGCACAGGCUAGUGACAUCUCCACCUCCCACAAUAAUGACAGGCUCGCAAAUAACUUGAGCAACUCUCCUACGAUGAGCUCUUCCAACUCAUCACCUCGUCUUGGACGGCCGGCAACUCCUCGAUUUACGACAAGCGAUAUGCAGGAGGAUAAUGGUUCAGGCAACGCAUCACAACAGACUCCCGCGACUGCAACAGCACCAGAGCUCAUCUUGCUUCCGUCGCCCCCAGAAUCACCUUUACCCAGCCCGUCGAGUGAGCCCGAGGAUGAAGCCAUGGAUGAAUCAAUGUCAUACCGCGAUUCCAAGGUGCAAAAGAAGGAAAAGAGGGUGAAGUCGUGGGCAGGAUCCAUUCUACCUCGCAAAUCCCGUCACCGAGACCAGAAGCUUAAGCCAUCAGAUGAACCGAUUGAGGCUCCAUCGAUCUUGAGCUACGAUUUGUCGGAACCUCCCACUGGGGUCAUUUCAGAAUCUCUAAAUGAGGAAUAUACUUAUUCGAAUUGGAAGCCCAAAGAGAUCCCUUCGAGCAGUUCAGAUGCCAUGAGCCCCAUUAUCGAUUUGGAUGCUGCACUCGGUCCAUUCAAGAGCCCAGGCGACGAUCUUGGCCCCGAAUUUCGUAGACCUCUGAAUGGUGGUUUCCAAGUUGCGAAGAGGCGAAUGCACAGCAGUGGCAAGACAGGAGGGUUUACUGGGCCAGGAAUGCAUUAUCAUCGACGUGCCGAAAGUGCACCUGAGAUGGUUGCUUUCGACUUCAAUCGGUCUGAAUUGGAUCAUACAGGUUCAACAAUGCAAGAUGUUUUUGAGGAGGAUGAAGAGACGGACGAAGGUGAAGGCUCUAGCAACACUCGCUCCGUCUCUAGCCCUGUCACUGAGGAGAAAUCCGAGGAGAAGGGGCUAGGGAUCGAUCUUGACGUGGACACUGCAACCGACGUUGCAAACACUCCCGCUGAGCCUGUUUCCCCACUUAGCAAACCACAGCCGGCCUAUCAUUCUGCUGAUGAUCCGAUUGACCUGAACGAAGGGACAAUACUGGAGAGCGAAGCCAUACCCUCUGCCACUCCGCUGUAUGAUGAGGAGGGCUUCAAUGAGGUUGGUCUCUCAGAGACUCCCGGUCAGUUCGAGUCUACUAGACCAUCACCGUUUCGAGAAUCUGCAAGCCGACAUCGAAUCGGGGUGUCACUUGAGACUGGCCAAAUCAGAGAAGGUGCGCGUUCUGUUUCUGUGCCCGAGCGGCUCGGUCUUCCGAUGCCCAGUGCUCCAUUUCUCGCGCCAGAAACGCCUUCAUCGAUUUCAAGCUUUUCUCGCCGGUCUUUUGACCAGCAGUCUGCCAAUUUCGAUGUUUCUCGCCAUGGCACUGCGGCAUCAUCUGUUGCCGAAUGUACUACAUUGAGCUCACUAGUUUUGGGAGAACCCGGUCCGGAAUUUUGCUCAUCGAUAGAUGAUGUACCUUCACUUACAAAUAGUGAUUCUACUAUGGCAAGCGCACUUCAAGGCCAGCUUCCCGGAAGUGCCCACUCAGGCCGUUGUGGCGAACGCUCCGUUUCGAUUUCUUCGAGCAAAACUGGUGGGCAUUCUCGACUUUCGCUCGGUCGUAAGCGUUCGAGCCUUGCCAGUCUGUCGAAACUCGUCAGUCGGUCUUCUUUUGAGAGAAGCAAACUUUCUCUUGAAACCAGAGAACAUUCCGGCAACGUCGAGAGUUCAAAGAGCGGAAAAUCGAGACGAUUCAGUCGCAUGAUGUCGUUUUGGAAGCCCAAGGAAGCCAGUGCAUUGUGA